CAAAGGGGAGGGAGGUGCACGGCCGCCUUCUUUUUUUCUUUCAUCCUUGCGCAACGGCCAUGAUAAUCGUCUCUGUGUCUAUGUAAGAGGAGGAGGACAAUGAGGAAGGGGAGAAGGCAGAAGAGGAGGAGGACAAUGAGGAAGGGGAGAAGGCAGAAGAGGAGGAGGACAAUGAGGAANGAGAAGGCAGAAGAGGAGGAGGACAAUGAGGAAGGGGAGAAGGCAGAAGAGGAGGAGGACAAUGAGGAAGGGGAGAAGGCAGAAGAGGAGGAGGAAGAGGAGGGGGACGAGGAGGAGGAAGAAGAAACGAGGAAGGUGAGGAAGAGGAGAAUCAGAAUGACGAAGACGAAGAAGAGGAGGAGGACGGCGACGAGCAGGAGAAGGAGGAGAAGGGGGAGAAGGAGGAACAGGAAGAAGAAGGGGAGGACGAGGAGGAAGAGGAGGAUGACGAAAACUAAACGAAAGAAGAGGAGGAGGGGGAGCAGAAGGAGGAGGAUAAGCCUGAAUAAGGAGGCGGAUCAGGAGGAUGAGGAGGAUGAGGAGGAAGAAGAAGAGAAGGAGGAAGAAGUUGAGGAGGACGAGGACGAGGAGGAAGAAGAAGAGGAUGAGGAGAAGGAAGAACGGAGGAUGACGAGGACGAGAUGGAAGAAGAGGAGCAGCAGCAGCAGGCGGCGGAGGAUAAGCCUGUAAGGAAUAGGAGGCGGAGGAGGAGGAGGAUAUCGAAGGUGGAAGGGGAAUGUUGUUGCGAG